CAAAUUCGACCCGAACUUUCACACUUUCGUGAAUUUAUCGGAACUUUUGGACGGAGCGAAACACGUGACGUCGUUUAGUUGCGCGUUUUUCGUGAAAAUCGACUUCCGGAAACGAGAGCUUCGUCUGAAAGUUGUCGGAGGUGUAACGAGGAUUUGUGUCGACCGGACACAAGAUGUUCUGAGAUGCCGUCGUUCGACAUGAUUAAUAAGGUGGAACUUUUUGUGCAGAAAGGAAAGUUUCCUGAAGACGCCUCUAAAAGAUCCAAGAAUGUGAUCAGAGCUGCCAGCAAACACUUCAUCUACAAAGAUGGCUGCCUGUGGCGAACCUACCGAGGUCGCCUCCUCAAGGUCGUCCGGAGCGACGAGGAGGUGCGGGAGAUCCUGACCCGUUACCAUGACGACCAGAACCACGCCGGCCGGGAGCGCACCGUACGGGAGAUCAUGCUGAUGUAUUACUGGGUUGGAGUGACGGAGGCGGUGAAGACCUGGGUCAGAGCGUGUCCUGCUUGUCAGAGCCGGAAUCCCACGGAACCAGCCAACCCCCCCGUCCAGUUCUGUCUGGCCUACGGCUGCGACGCCUCCAGCUUCGUCGACGCUGACCUCAGCUUCUUCAGGUUCCCGAAGGAGGCGGAGCAGCGGCGGCGUUGGCUGGUGGUCGCUCAGCGGGACGAAGGCUCGCUGCGCUCCAGCUCCAACCUCUGCUCCCGGCACUUUGACUCGUCCUGCUUCACGCUGAGCGAGGACGGUCAGCUGACUCUGUCUCCUGACGCUGUGCCAACCAUCUUCACCGCCACAGCCGAGGAAGACGAGGUUCCCGUCCCUUCAGAUGAAGACUUCCUGUGUUCCAACUCCCUGGAGGACCUCCUCUCCUCAGCUGCUGCGGCUGCAGACACCUCAGACCCGUCGGCGCCAGGCUGCGAUCGCUCUGAAAUCCCCGUGCAGCUGCAGGAACACCAGUACUGCCUCCCUGCUCCUGCUGCCGACCCCAGGGAGUUCCUGCCAGCAAGAGAGGAAAAGAGGAGAAAGACCAUCCUGGAGCCGAGCUUCUCCACAUACAACCAGAUCGCCAGGUAUCUGAGCCACAGGGUCCAACCCAUGCAGAGCAAGAAAAGCAGAGGUGCUCUGGUGAGGAUGUCCAAGCGCUUUGGACUUACAGACGGAGUGCUGAUGUUCACCCGUGUCUCUCCACCGCUCAGAGUGCCGCGCAGCCGAGAGGAGGUCAACGGCAUCCUGCAGCAGUUCCACGACAACCAGGGUCACUACGGUCACGGGAUCUGCCAGCAGGAGAUCACUAAGCACUUCUACUGGAGCAGCCUGACCCGGGACCUGGCCUCGUGGAUCUCCAGCUGCCACACCUGCCUCAACAGAACCAAGAGGAAGUGGCUCCGCUGCAGUGUCCACAGCUGCAACCACUGCUGCGGCCCGGUGGAGAGGGGCCUGGGCCUGGCCUUCCACAAGUUUCCUCUUCACGACCCCCCCCUGCUGGCUCAGUGGCUGAAGGCGGUCGGCCGGGCCAACUGGCACCCCCGGCUCGGCUCGUCCAUUUGCUCCACCCAUUUCACCGAGGACUGCUUCGACCGCACCGGAGAGAAGGUCACGCUCCGUCCGGACGCCGUUCCCACGCGGCUGGUCCACAGCAGCUCGGCACCCUUAUUUGCCAAGUACGAUGCUGUGGAGCUCUACCUCGGUCAACGCAUCUAUCCUCCCGGCCUGAGCUACGUAGAGAAAAACACCUUCAGGACAUUCUGCAAGAAGUUCGUCAUUAAAGGCGAUGAGCUCCACAUGGUGAAGGGCGACCGGGUGCGUUUGGUCCUGAGGAGCCAGCAGCAGGUGGAAGUCGCCCUGAAGGAUUAUCACAACGAGCUGAACCACCUGGACGCCAACAAGUGUCUGCGGCUGCUCAACGAGAGAUUCUUCUGGAAGAACAUGCGGCCUGACGUGGUGCAGUGGAUCAGCAGCUGCUCCGAGUGCAGCCGGCAGACGAGGAAGACGCCAGAGAAGCAGGCGGAGGCGGCGGCGGCGGAGGCGGGAAGAUCCGAGUCCUCGCUGCAGACGCACACAUCACCACAGAUACACCGAGGCCUCAGCAGUGAGACGGAUGACGCAGACGAAGAAGAAGAUGAUGAUGAUGAUGAUGAUGGUGGUGGGGGGGGCGUUGGGGAUGAAGAGACGCAGGAAGCAGACGACAGAGAGGAUGAGCCCCCCCGGCCUGCAGCUCCCAUCAACCCUCAGCGCAGAGUUCCCAUCCUCCUCCAGCCGGGGACCCGAGUCCGGUCCGUUCAGAGAGGGAGGCGUCCUCAGGCCGGCGUCCAGGAGGAGACAAACGGCGAGGACACGCCCCCCGAGGGUCAGAGCGGCGUCCAGGAUCCUCCAGAGGAAGAGACCGGACCCGGAGACUCUCGAGGCAGCGCCAGGACACAUCACUACGUCAGAGAGCUGCCUCCACCUGUGAGUCCCGACAGCCAAUCAGGAACAGCGACGGAAACCCAGAGCGGCGGCGGCGUGCAGCGCCCGGCGAAGAGGAGCAGAGAGCUGGAGGCGGAGUCCUCGGCUAACAGGACGUCCAGCUGUGGCUUGGAGCCGGUGGUGGCGCCGAGCAGCAAACCCUGGCCCGUGUUCACCAUCGCCGGCUCGGCACCGGCUCAGGAAGCCAGACCUGCCGAGACCGACAGGAGCAGCCCCUCCCUCUGUCGGGGGCCCAGGACCCUCCAGGCCCGGACCGUCCUCCAGCAGUGCAGUGGAGCCAAGGUGAAGAUCAAACCUGCUGUGGACGGGUCUGAGGCUCAGUGGGUCGAGAUCCAGGAGGGAAUGGUCGUGUACGUCUGCUUCUCGCGUGAAGCCACGGAAAACAUCACGUAUGAAAUCGCCAACACUCUGAUGACCACCAAACUGUUCCGGAAGGACACCCAUCACUGGGCGUCCGUGGUCGACCUUCCCGGGAGCGUCCUGUUCAUCCCCCAGGACUCCCUGCUGGGCCAGCCCGUGCCCAAGAGGAAGAUGCAGUUCAAGGGGGGGUGCGAGCCGUGGUGGGGCGCCCAGCUCUUCUCCAGCCUGGUGUCCGCCUGCAGGGAGCUCCUGCAGCGCUCCGUGAAGAGCACCAGGGCCGGCGUGAAGGUGGAGCACGGAGUCUACGGCCAGAAGCAGGAGAUGGUGCUGAGCUGCUCGGAGCCGCUGACGGUGCUGCUGGAGUUCUGAGGGACGGACGGACAGGAGGACGUCCAGGGGUCUGAACCUGGAGAGUCCAAGGUCCAAGUCUCUCACCUGCUCUCACCACAGAUCAGAUCAUUAGUCACAGAUGGGAUCAUUUUUCAGUUCCAUAAAUAUAAAUAUAUAUAUAUAGAUGUAUAUAAAAACAAAUUCCCCCCAGAGAUCCAGACAGAUCUACACGUCAGUUCAAUCCCAGGAGACUUUUUGUGCUUUUCUGUUUGAGUUCUGCUUCUGAGGAACAAUAACGAUGAUUAAAAAGAGACUGAAACGUUUGAGACGUUCACACGUGAGAAAACAACGAAAGUUCUUUUAUAUUCACUGAUUUUGAUUCGUCCACAUUAAUACGUUUUUCAGACACUUCACCUUUGCUAAAUUUACACCAUAAACAAAGACUUUAGUUCCCUCUGCUGCUGAUUGUCUGUCAGUAGAUCAUCUGCUUCCUGUUUACACCACAAGACCAGAACGUGAAUCAUCAGGUGACAAUUCAGCUCGACUGCUUGUUUUUGAAUCCAUUAAAUGGACUUCAUAUAUUUGUGUUAUACUGUAAAGUUGAGUCUAAAUCUUGAUA